CUCGUCGGCAAAGCGGCAGAUCGAUGGCGGCCUUCGCGCGCCCCGGCCACCACCUCCCCCUCGUUUUGCCUCCUCUCCCGCAGCCGCCGGCGACCACCACCUCGUUAUCGUUGAACCACCUAGCGCAACGCCGCCGCGGUACUCCUCGCCGCCACGUCGUCGUCGUCUCCAGCGCCGGGGGAGGUGGGAGCAGCUCACCGCCGGCGCCCGACGACGACCCCGGCAACUUCGACAAGCACGAGUACCGCCGCAGAAUGAUCCGCCAAGGCAACUACAACCGCAAGAGCUUCGGCCACGAGAUCCUCGGCGCCAUAAACCUCGAGUACACCAGUAAGCUAUUAGGGUGA